GCAAAGUAAACAAUGUAAAUCAAAAUGUGAAUAUGAAUAUCUUCGGUGGUAAUAAUCGUGUUAAACACCAUCGCCAUAAACAAAGUACGACGGAAAAUAUUAUGCCAGUCACAGGACAAUCGACAUUGGAAGAAGUAGUCAAGGAAGAAAUAUUGACUAAUUGUGCAAGCAAUAAUAAGAAGAAUCAAAGGUAUUCAAGUAGCUUCUUCGCGAAUACAACAGGCCGUGCUCUAAGCGUGGAAAAGGAGUUUCAUGAUGUGGUUGGCAACAAUUCCAAGGUGAAAAAAUCUAGCAGUGUUCACGAGGGCGAGGACAUCACUCUGUGCUGGAUUGAAACGACGACUAUCAAGGAAGAUAAGACCAUUCGACCACCGAAGAGAUUGGUUAUUCGUGAGUACACAAUCUCUUUCGAGAACUCGGCAACCAUACCGGAAAGAUACCUCGAAUGUAAAAAAUUCGAGGGAGAAUUGACGGCGAACGAUCCCGACAUUGGUAAGACGGCCUUAUUCGAAAUUAUAGACGAAGACACGAUGGUCAGCAGGAUCGUUAAUUUUACUUCAGUCAAUCAUGUGGGUAACAUUAUUACUUGGGAACAUAAAAAAGUGAAAUGCGGAGUUGGUCCGGUGGUCAGUAAAAAUAUCGUAGAAUUGAAUGACGGCUCAAAGAAUCCGAAGAAGAGAGUAGAGAUUAAAGUUAGUCCCAAAAUGCAUCAACUAACAGCAACGACAACUGAAGAGGAGUGUACGGAAAGUAGUACACUCACUGAAUCUAUGACUGAACACACUACUGCACUACCCUGCGAAAAUGGUGCUUGUGAAGCAACCAUGUUUUCCCCUAGUAUUGUAUCAAAAAUCGAUAAAUUCAGUACAACUGAAGAAAUAGUCACUAAGUUGCAGAGCGAAUCCGAAAGUGAGAGCGACGAAGAUCGUUUAUUCACAGCUACGAAAUCAUUACCUGAAGAAGCAGUAUCUAGAAGAUCAACAAUCUUUCCCAAAAAAACGACAAUUCAGGAAAAGAUAGACUGCGAAGAGGAUCCAUCAGACCCAGCGUGCUUAAUGCAAAAAUAUGACACAUCUUCGGAAGAAUUAUUUAUUAAAGAAUUAACUACGACGGAAACAGCCGAAACAUCAUUAAUUAGUGAUAAAGAAGUAACUUCGAAAGAGGAGAUAUUUCAACCUUCUAUCGAGGAGAAAUCGGAGGAGAUUACGCAGUCUGUAUCUACAUCGAAAGAAGAAGAAGUAGUUUCUGAGGUAAUUGGAGAGACAACACCGUUUGCGUUCGCGAAAGAUAUUUUCACAAAGUCUUCGGAAGCAUAUGCGUCUCAAUCAACAGAUCAAGCAUCUGUUGAUGCUAGUUCAUUGGAAACAAAGAUUACGACAAGCCAUAGUGCAGAAUAUGUAGAAGAAUACUCGAAACCCGAAGAAGACAAAGAUUCGAAUGUGCUGACAAGCGAGGAAUUAGAAAAAGUUGACUAUAUUUCAUCUUCAAGCGAGAGCAUAGUGACUUCAAGUGAAGUUGGUAUUGAGCCAGGUGUUACAACAGAGAAAUCAUCAGUUGAGUUCAUCGAAUUCACAAAAAAACCUAGUAAACCUGAUCAGAUCUUCGAUAAAUUAUCUGAAUCGCCAAUUUCGACGAAAAGUGUAACAGGAACUAUAAUGAUCGAGUCAUCAUCAAUGUCCGAGGAAGUGACCUCUAAGGAAACUAAAGAAAGAGCUGUAGGUGAAGAGACGACAAUGAUUGGGCUAAAGACUAGCGAGGAAAGAGAAUUUAUUUCCACAAUACCAACGAAAGUCAGAUCAACGACUUUGUCACCAGUGAGAAGCGGCGAAGUAAGUUAUUCGUGUGAGAAUUCCGAGGAUUGCGCCAGUUCGGAGGGCUGCGACGAGUUUGGAAAUUGUGAGAAGCGUCUACCAAAAUUUGACACGAUUCGUCCACCAAAAUUGAUAAAAGUUCCUCUAUCCGAGGAAUCGAGAAUAACUGAGCACACGACUGUUACAAAUGUAGCAACUACCAUGUUGAUCUCACAGGAAAGUGAUGGCAGAUCAACGGCCAAACAUAUCACGACGGACACGCGAAGAAGCACGACUACAAGUACGCCGCAACAUAAGCUGUCUUUGAAGGUCAAAAUCCUCCUGGAGCACAUUAACGAGAACAAGGAGAAGCACAAUUUGGUCGAAGUGGAGAAACACUUAUCGCUGGACGAGAAUCCAGAACAUCAUCUUAAUCCUGAUUUACUUGAGCAAUUGAAAUCCUUGAAUGAUUCUGUCAAUAUGGAGACCAUAAACGCAUUAUUGAAUUGUACUAGCUUGGGCAAUUUGACAAAAAAUUCUAAUUUUGUUGAUAAAGAGCCAAAUAAUGUUGACAGUAGUGAUGCAGAAUUGGAAUUUAAGAAUACUGAUUUUGAGGAUUUGAGCUCAGAGCAGUUUAUUUCUAGAUCCGACGAUGCUAAAGUUGAUUACUCUGAAUAUCAAGAGCACGUAACAUCUCGAAGACGGAAACGAAGAAGUUUUGAUAACGAAAUGGAAGAUCUAAAUAAAUUUGUUCAACAAAAGCUGUACGAUUCCUCUGACUCUGUGGUUGAUACUUUCAAUAAUUCACAAACUCAGCAUAAUGAGUCAACAAACACAACUUAUGGCUUACAACUUUCCACAACGACAAAUUACUCCCAAGAGGAAACAACUACUAACAAUUAUACAGAAAGUGAAAGGAACAUCACUAAACAAGAAGAUCAAAGUACAAUGUCAUCGACAAUAAUAACCAUCAGCGAUGUUGAUCUUUCAAACACUUCGGAAUCUCGUGAUGCUAAUGUGACGAAGGAAGACGUACAGUUAACUACAACAUAUAAACCCGAAGAAGAAACAAAUAUUACUAUGUAUAUAGAAAGUGAAACAAAUAUAACUAAUGGAAUAAAUGAAAGUAUAGUGCCUUCGACAAGGAAUAACAUGAGCAACGAAACAAAAAUGGAAGUUGUGCGAGAGACAAUACCUGGUAUACAGGAAGAUGUUGUGGCCGGGUUGCAGCAUAUGGUAUCGCAAUUAUCGCAAAGUAAUUUGACUUUGAUCAACAACGUUAAAGAAGCCGUCAAAACAAAUUUGUUGGGUAUUUUAGCGGACCCCAGUGAUAGCAGGGUUCGAUUGAGGAGAAGAAGAGCGGCCACGGAAAAAGUUGGACACUGGUCAAACGAAAGGAUCAAGGAGGCGCCGAUGGGUGGCAAUCUUAGAAGUUUCACUGAAUUCACACUGUACAAAGUUCCUUCUUGAGAUGUAUGAUAAGAUUUUAUGUUUUAUUUUGCCAUUUUGUAAUGUCAAAACAUUUCAA